UGUACUGAACUGAUCUCAUCGAUGAGGUCUUGCCUGGGCAAAAUAGAUCAGUCCUGCUAAUUAGCAUUUCAAUGUUUAGCAUUACUCUUAAGGGAGGCCAAACAUGUUCUUCCGUUCCUCCAAAUAAAGCGCACACACAUCUGUGACCUGUCUCCCAAAAGAAAACGGAAUCUCUCUUUCCUCGUCACAAAAUCACCAGAAAUACAAAACCCUAAGCCUAUUGUGUGUCAACACAAGCAAGCUGACACGCACAAUCAUCACUAUCGUUCUCUCUUUCAUACACGCACACUUACCCAGAAAAAAAUAAUGAAAAUGAGCAACCUGAUGAUGAUUCUGAUCAAAUCCCACUAAUAAUUAUAAUUUUGGGACGUUUUUGUUAAUUAAUGGCAUCAUCGAAGCUGAUGGCGUCGCGUAAUUCAGAUCUUAAGAGAAAACUAUCAGCCUGCGCUUCUGGUUCUUCUAUGAGGUUGGAUGAUUUCUUGAGAAAUUCUUACGUGGAUAGUGAUUCAGACUCGGACCCGAGUCGGGGCCCAGAUCGGGACCCGGCUAUAGAGGGGGAGAGUUCUAGUACUUUGUUGAAUGCGGAGAUUAAGUUGCUGGAUGCGGUCGGGGCUGUGACUCCGAUAAGUGAUUGUGAAGUGGGGAGCGUGGAGCCUCCUCGUGCGACUAGGAAGACGGUGGAUGAUGUGUGGAGGGAGAUUGUGGCGGGAAAGAAGAGGCAAACCGAGCAGGUGCCCAAGCAGGAGAUGAUGACUCUGGAGGAUUUUUUGGUGAAGGCAGGGGCCGUAGAGGGUGAGGCCGGUGGAGUGACUGUGGAGGUGAAGAAGGAGACUAUGAGUGGUGGGUUUUACGGGCAUGAGAAUUCUCCGGUGGUGGGAAUAGGAAUCGGAUUAGGGAUAGGGGCGGAUGUUGGGGGUUUAGGGAACGGGAGAGGUAGAGGAAAGAGGAGCAUGAGCUUGUUAGAACCGUUGGAUAAGGUCCCACAGCAAAAGCCGAGGAGCUUGAGCUUGUUAGAACCCUUGGAUAAGGCGACACAGCAAAGGCAGAGGAGAAUGAUUAAGAAUAGGGAGUCAGCUGCCAGGUCAAGAGAGCGGAAGCAGGCCUAUCAAGUGGAAUUGGAGUCAAUGGCUGUGAAACUAGAGGAAGAGAAUGAGCAGCUUUUGAUAGAGAAGGCAGAGCGGACAAAGGAGAGGCUUAAACAGCUAAUGAAGAACGUGAUCCCUGUCAUGGAGAAGCGAAGACCUUCACGUUUCCUUCGGAGAGUUCGUUCCAUGCAGUGGUAAUCAGACUCUAGAGCACAACACAUGAAGAUAUUUAAAUGCCCUUUCUCAGAAGUGGGCAAAGUGAAUGUGUUUGAAAGUCUUUUUUAGCAUGUCUGACAGAUAAUUGGAUAGCGUUGGACAAUACUACAAAAGAAUGAGAAGUUAAAAACUUCUUUAUUAUACUAUUCAAGUCUGUCCAAUUCAGCAUCCGAAACUUGCACUCUGGGUUUUCGAGAUAUUUAUGCCGAUCAUUAGUCUUGAAAAGCAGUUAUUCUUCUAGCUGUAAAAUGAAAUAGCAUAAAGGAGAAUAUAAAUUGGGAAUAUUUGUGAUGAAAUUUAUGUUGAGUAAAGUCUAAUUAUUAUCUCCCAUUCCCAGGUGCUAAUGUAAGGGGAGGGGAUUUUAAUGGCUUCUUGUAUCAGUUAAUGGCUUAUGAUAGUCCCUUUUUACAC